AUGUCUACACCGAAUACCGACAUUUGGAACUGGGUAAGCCAGCAAACCGCCGAACCCAGUAGAACCUUGCACCCGUCGAACUUCCCCAACCCCUCUCUCACAUCCCUCGAGCUCGACGAACGCACCAUUGUCCACGGGAUCGACGGUCUACUCCGUGGCCUCAGGCCCCUUCCUCAACUGCGCAAGCUCGAUCUAUCGCGCCUCUCGCAAUCCUCGCAAUCGAUUGCCUUCGAGAGACGCGACUCGCGAUGCCUACCAUUCCCGGAGUUGGACUAUAUCUGUUUACGGGACAGCGCCGCCGCAAUCGAGAACAUCCUCCACCAUCUGGAUUUCCCGCCCACCACCAUCGUCAAGCUCGUCGGCACUUCGAGCAUGGGCAGUGAUCAGGCCGACGACACGGAGACGUUGCUUCGCAACAUCGCCCUGGACCUACAAUCGCGAUGGGGUGAUGGAGGUAGAGAUGGCCGGACGGAAGAAGUUGAGCGCGUAUUUUGA